AGCGCUCUUUCUGAUCACUGAUCACAACUUCUCCUCCAUAUAAGUCAUCAGGUGAACUGUCCUGUGAAAGUGAAACUCAAAUCGCAGUUCACACACGACGCGUACGGGCACACAUGGCUUCCUCCUCCUCAUCAUCCAAGAAGCUGUCGCUCACCUUCGUCGUCCUCCUCCUCGCCGGGCUCGUGGUGCUCGGCGAGAUGGCCGGGGCCGCGACGGCGGCGGCGGCGGACUGCUCGACGGUGCGCUGCAUCCAGGGAGGCUACAUCACCUGCAAGAACUACCCGGGGAAGAAGCUCGACGGGUGCGUCUGCCUGUGCGCGCCCACCGACGGCGAGCGCUGCGUCCUCCACCUCCACGACGGCUCCUCCUACAAGUGUCGCGCGCCCAACUAAACUAGUACUACAAUUGCUGCUGCCCCAGCCUCGCCGGCGUCGCCUUCGCCGCCGCCGCCGCCGCGGCAGCUUUGCUUCUUGUUCAGCGAAUGUAGCGCCAGCUUACCUCACAAGCUGUUGUUAUACAACUUCACACCGAUAAUAAUACUGCGGUUCAUGGUUCAGAAUAAAAUUUAGAGCUGGUUGGUUUUGGGGCCAAAAUUUUGGCAUGAUCUUUUCUAAUUCAAAUUUCGAUAA